AUGAUCAAGAGGUUAUGCUCUUACUUCAUAUUCUUAACCAUAGCCAAUGCGGCCACAGUCUACAAGCGACGGCCAAGGUUACAUCGCCGUCAUCUGGACCCAAGUCUUCUCAACGACGACUGGUUUGGCCGUCGACCGGACCCAGCCGACGGCCCCCGAGGCAUCUACAAUCUACCAUGUGUAGUCGGACCAGACGAAGAUGAUCUGAAUGUAGAUUGUGGGUCGUUGCCAGCUGAAAACUCUAAUUGUGUUAGUCGUAUGAUGGCUACGUUAAGGAAGUCGUGUACGUAUCCUGGAGAAAGUGCACCGUGCUUUCGGAUUUUAAACUGCAAGAAAGGAGAUCCGUUGUGUAAUGGGGUUGAUAGCUACUAUGAUUAUGGUGAGUUUUAAGUUUUAAUGUUUUAUUAGAAAUAUAGAAGUUUAGAAGAACAAAAAAAGUAGAAAAAAGUAAUCUUCAUACCUAAUUCUAUUACUUUCAGAUGCAAAAUCAAUAGUUCAUCCAGCUGAAAUGUUUCAUUUGGCAUUUGAACUGUGUAUCAACCACGACAAUCCUUAUCCUCAUGCUAAGGAAUUUUGUUGUGCUACCAAAGAAUGUCGUCAAAAGUGCUAUCCUACCAAGCUUUUUUGA